AUGGAGACUGACAGCUACACCCCAGGCCCAGCCUCCAGUGACUGGCUCGGGACGGUGGCCGGCCUGGAGGGAAUGGGAGUCCUUCAGGAGCAUGAAGGAGGGGGCUUGCCCAGCAGCCCGGCGUCCUGGUACACGCCAUACUCGCUGGGCUUCCAGGUGUCGCUCACUUCCUUCCUCAUGCUGGAGCUGGUGUUAGGUUUCAGCAGCAACCUGACUGUGCUGGUGCUCUACUUCUCUCAAUCCAAUUUAGUGGACUCGGUGAGCAAUAUGGUGACUGUCAAUCUGCAUGUGCUGGAUGUGGCGGUGUGUGUGCUGUGUCUGCCCCUCACUCUGGUGAUUGUGCUGCUGCCUCCAGGACCAAACCUGGCCCUGCUCUGCUGCUUCCACGAGGCAUGUGUCACAUUUGCCAGCAUAUCCACAGCCAUCAACAUCCUGGUCAUCAGCUUGGACCGAUAUGACAUCUCAGUGCGGCCUGCCAACAGGCUGCUGACCACACGUAGAGCAACGCUGCUCCUGGCUGCCGUUUGGGUCACCUCGGUAGCUGUGUUUUUUAUCCCAUUCUUAGAGGUGCAGUGUUCCAGCGAGGUGCCAGCGUGGCGCAACCAGACACUGCUGUGUGUUGGCGGGCAGGACUACCACACAGGCCUGGGUAUGCAUUUCCAUCUUAUCCUGCAGGUACCCAUCUUCUUCACCACAGUGGCAGUCAUGCUGUUUACCUACUCCAGAAUAUUGAGGGCUUUAAACAUCCGCAUCGGCUCCCACAUGAAGAAGGGCCAGCAGUUCAGGGGGCCCCACAAGAGACAGAAAAAAAAGGUGGGGCUCAGAAUGAAUAAUAGUGUCACCUCUGACACAGGCGCCGCGACCGCCAUGCCCACCACGAGCGUCCAGGCCUCUGUGUCGGCCAUCAUUGCCCUGAGGCGGGCAGUGCGGCGACACAGGGAUCGACGCGAGCGGCAGAGGCGGGUGUUCAAGAUAUCCCUCAUCAUCAUCACCACCUUUCUGGGCUGUUGGGCUCCCCUCUCUGUGACCAACAUGCUUAUCCUGGGCAUAGGCCCCAGUGACGCCCUGGUCAGCCUACGCCUCUGGUUCUUAGCCCUGGCCUACGGCACAACUGUCUCCCACCCUCUGCUCUACGCUUUCACCCGACAGAAGCUACGGCGUGCCCUCCGUGCUAAGGUUAAGAAAAGGGUGGUGUCCCUGCUCCAGGUAGACCCUUCACCAGGGGGCACUAUCAUACACAACUCCUGGGUGGAGAACAGAAAAACCAGCCGGCAGGUGCGGCUGGAAGCAAGCAAAGGUACUGACCGCUGCUUGGCAGAGGUCCUCUGA